AGGUUCGGUCGGUGCUUCGGCACGAAAAAACAGGGCAAACCCAGUGUGGCAGCAUCACUCCGGGAGCUACCGUCCCAGUUGGUGUUCCGGUUUAGAGUCGUGCUGUUGUUUUUGUAUAGAUUUGUUACUUAAUGCUUUAAAUAUAUAUGUGUGCAGUGAGGGUAUACUCUUUUAAUUUAUCAUUUUCACGGUCGAACGGCGUUCAGUGCAGAAACAAGUGAGCCUAACGUGUUGUAAAACGCUGAACAAACUAAAAGGGAAACUACAGAACCAUUCGCAGAGCAUUGUAGUGUAGUGUACCGGGAAGAGGGUGGAGACUCCGCUCGCCGCAGCGCAAAGAAAGCGUUGGGAUGUGGUGUCCACCCAGAAAAGGGAAAAGAAAAUUCAAAGCACUUGGCUGGGGCUCGCAUGAAAAGAGAGCUAACAUUCAUAUCAAAGUUUUAUUGAAAUGGUGCGUUAGGAGUUUUCCAGCACAUUCAGCACAGUGGAUCGUGUACCUGACGGGAUGAAUCGGGCUAGUUUGCUGGGCCAACUCCGAAAAGCAGGGUUCUCUCCGUGCAGACAGCUUGAGCUCGUUGAAACCGAUCCGCAAAAGGUAGAAAAUGAGCUGCCUAGUGAAUGAAUGUGCCCAAAAGUGAAGAGAGAAAAGGAGAGAGCAAGUGCAUGUGAGAAGAAAAAAAACGUGUAAAAAGAAAGAACCAUGAAUGGGCAACCUGCUUCCAAACCGUUCGGAACUGAUGUGAGGUGCUGAACAACGGAAUGCCCAAAACGGAUGACAGAACGAGAGUGGGAUGCUUGAGUGAGAAGUGGUUUUCCCGGGGGUGUUCUGGAAGAAAGGAACGCAAAAAAAAAAACGCGUGAGAACGUGUGUCCCUAACGCGACGGAUACAAUUUGUGUUAUACAGUACGGUGUUUGUGGAAUUGCUUACGGUCGAUCCACCUCCUCACACCUACGCGCUAUGGUGAAAAUACUAGUGCGAUUGAUUUAAUUACAGCAAAUAAACCCGAAAAGUAAAGAAUAAAGAAAAAAAGCGUGUGAGUGUGCGAUAGAGCGAGAGGCAGAAAGAAAUUAAAAAAAGAAAGAGAAAGUGAGAGAAGUAGUGAAAAUGUGAGAAAAAUGUGCUGCAAGUGUGAGCGAAAAUAUAGGCAAAAAAGCGACAAAUUGAGAGCAGUGAGUGUAGUGUAAUAAAAUUAGUAGCCCUUACCAACAAGUGUGCUCCCGGGGUUGCGAAACUGGCAGCCCGAAAAAUAAAAAAAGAAGCUCCAUAAAAAAGAUAUACACUACAUACGCUAGAAGGCGCAGAAAAACGGCGAAAAGAUUUAAAUUGUAUAGCAAAAUAAAAUAACACCCAAACAGUGCGUUCGGAACACGUCCGUUCAUGACCGUUCGAACACGACCGAACGGACCUGCCCGAACGCGACAAUGGAGGACGAAUGGAAAUUACGAAACCUAGAGCACCCGCAGACCGGACCGCGUGAAUGAGCCAAGUGAGUCCGCGGAAAAAUGCCCCAACCCAUGUGAGCAAUGUGGCUCACCCAGGUCGAUGUGUUGCUUCACGAAAGUCUUACCACAGCCACGGUUGUGUGGCGAGGAAUAGUAGCAUAUGUUUGAGGAAUGUGUGUAACGUGCUAGUUAUGGGUGAAAGCAAACCAGGCGAAAAAAGGUGCCCAAUGCCCUACGGUAGGCUUUUGCAGCGAGUUUCGCGCUGAAUCGUGUGACGGUGAGCAAUGCGUGUGAGCAGCUUACUGCAUGACUGGUUUAUUACACUAAACGUGAGCUGGUGCUGCACUCAAGCUCCAGCGAGUGAAAGUUCAUUGGAUGCUUGAUCUACCGUGUAUGGGUGUAUGUGUGUGUAUGUGCGUGUGUGAAUGUGCCUGUAUCGUUGCCAGACGCGUCCGGACGCCGUAAACCUGUGUACCGAAGAAGUAGAGCAAGGCAGUGAAUAGCUCACGGUCAACGAGUAGUGAGAAAAUGUGAGUAAAAAGAGCCUGCACGGUUUGCUGAUGCUGUUUUACUGUUAAACGAGUGAGCUGUUUAAAUGUGUGCAUAGUGAGCUGUGAGGAUACGGCAGGAUAGUGCGGUACGCAAGUGAGCUUGUAAUAGGAUCUCCUUUCUCUGCCCGUCCAGCAUGGACUGAGUGGUGUUAGGCACCGAACGUACGACCGAAUGCUACAUGUAAUGAAAAAAGAAAACGCCACAAUGAAUGAGCACAGUUCCGGUGAUCGUAAAUCAACUCAACCAACAGCUGGACACUUUUGAACAGUUAUCGAAAAGGAAAAACUAAAAUUUCCCCAAUAAAACCAAAACACAACACAGAUCGAUCGUCACGAUCGUCCUACACCGGAUACGGUUGUAUAGCGUGGUCGAACAAAGUAAACGCGAAGGCACGGCUCCGACGCAUUCCGAGCCCGCGGAAGGGAAAAAUGAAAACUGCCAUCACGAAUAGCAUUGCCGUCGCCACCGUUGGAAGUGCGAAUACACGGUUGCACCGGAAGCGAU